AGCAACCAGGUGAGAGGUUAGUGAGUGAUGGCGCAGCGCAGUCGGAGCGCGAGACUGGGGAAGUGAAGCCGCAGCUGACUGCUCCCGAACGGAUUGACGGCGCGAGCGGGGACCGUUAUAUUUGAAAACGUGGGCUCGCGACUCUGGAUCAUGCCGGCUGCUUGUGAUUCAUUAGUGGAAGACAUCGAAGAUAUUGUGUCAGCACAAGAUCCGAAACCUCAUGAUCAACAGUUUGCAAAACGGAGCAUUGUCCCACAUGUUAGAAAGAGAAAAAAACACCAGCAGGAUGAGGGGACAGAUGAUGUACAGGCUGAUAGCGUUAUCCCUGGUGCACAGAAGAUCUGGGUGAAAACCUGGGGCUGUUCACAUAACAGUUCAGAUGGGGAAUAUAUGGCAGGUCAACUGGCGGUUUAUGGAUAUAAGAUUACAGAUAAUUCAUCUGAUGCAGAUUUGUGGCUGUUAAAUAGUUGUACUGUGAAAAAUCCAGCUGAAGACCACUUUAGGAACACAAUUAAAAAAGCUCAAGAACAAAAUAAAAAAGUAGUAGUUGCUGGAUGUGUUCCUCAAGCCCAACCACGGAUGGACUACAUUAAAGGCUUGAGCAUUAUUGGGGUUCAACAAAUAGAUCGUGUCGUUGAAGUCGUUGAAGAAACAAUUAAAGGUCAUUCUGUGAGGCUACUGGGUCAGAAGAAGGAUAAGGGUAAACGGUUGGGGGGAGCCAGACUAGAUUUGCCAAAGAUAAGGAAAAACCCGCUGAUAGAAAUCAUUUCUGUGAACACUGGGUGCCUGAAUGCUUGCACGUACUGCAAAACCAAGCAUGCAAGAGGAGAGCUGGCCAGUUACUCAGUUGCAGAGCUAGUAGACAGAGCCAUACAGUCAUUCCAAGAAGGUGUCUGUGAAAUAUGGCUGACUAGUGAAGACACAGGGGCGUAUGGAAGAGACAUUGGGACAGACCUUCCAACACUGCUUUGGAAACUGGUGGAAGUAAUUCCUGAGGGAGCAAUGCUGAGGCUUGGUAUGACCAAUCCUCCAUAUAUUUUAGAACAUCUGAAGGAAAUGGCAAAAAUUCUCCACCAUCCAAGGGUUUAUUCCUUCCUUCAUGUGCCAGUUCAGACUGGAUCAGAUAGCGUUCUUAUGGACAUGAAGAGAGAGUACUGCAUAGCAGACUUUAAGUUGGUAGUAGACUUCUUGAAGAAGCAGGUGCCAGGGAUUACAAUUGCCACCGACAUUAUCUGUGGUUUUCCAGGUGAGACGGAAGCAGACUUUCAAGAAACUCUGAAACUAAUUCAGGAGUAUAAAUUUCCUAGCUUGUUCAUCAAUCAGUUCUACCCACGCCCAGGCACCCCAGCUGCAAAGAUGGAACAAGUCCCAGCCCAAGUGAAAAAACAGAGAACAAGGACACUGUCCCAGCUAUUUCAGUCCUAUACUCCAUAUGAUCAUAAGAUUGGUGAGAAGCAGCAUGUUCUGAUAACAGAAGAAUCAUUUGAUGGCCAAUAUUAUGUUGCACAUAACAAAUUUUAUGAGCAAGUUUUGGUGCCGAAGCAACCUGAACUACUGGGCAAAAUGAUCGAGGUAGAUAUUUAUGAAGCAGGCAAACAUUUUAUGAAGGGAAAACCAGCACAAAAUGGAAAGAUCUACACUCCUUCAAUUGUGAAACCAUUACUAAGGGGUGCAGUAUCAGGGGUGAUGGAGGAAUUUAAGACCAUUAAUGAGAAUGCACAUUACCGCUGGAGCAGUGAGAAGUCCGUCAGUGCAAGCCUGUUGCCUUGGAACCUGAAAUGCCCAAGAGUAAAGAUAGUGUCUUUAAGCCUGGCUGUGUUAGCAGUGAUAAUGGCUGUAACUAUAGCAAUAUUCAGAUAGGUCCUUUGAUGUCAAUUGAACAAUUUUCUACCUAAAACGAGGUCUGAAAUUGUGGUCUCAGUAUUUAUACACAGGACUGAGGACACUGUAAUGAACAUAGUUUAUGUUUGAAUAUUUUACUGAAUUUUAUCUUGUUCAAAGCAAGUGGAUAACUUUUAUUUGACAUUUCUGUCCAUGGUAUUGCAAUGCAAGAUCAUGCAGUCAUUAGCCAAUGAGAAAAAUAUUUUUAUCCACACUGCAAAAUCAUGUGUGUUCAUGUUCAAGAGUUUUAAGUGUAUAAGAUUUAA